AUGAAGACUACACACUCCCUCACCGCGCUGGCCGCGUUCACUUCUCUUGCUUCAGCACACUUCAACCUUGACUACCCAACCGCGCGAGGUCUCGACGAAGACACACUCGGCACCUUCCCCUGCGGCGGCCAAAACACCGUCUCCACCAACCGCACCUCCUUUCCCAUUUCGGGGGGGUCUAUCGCGUUGACAAUGGGCUACAUCGAUGCCAACGUCGCCGUCUACAUCGGCUUCGGUUCCGCCGUCGGCUCAGCAUUCAACACCGUCGUGCGCCCAACCUUUAUAGAACAAGGACUGGGCAAUUUCUGCAUGACGGGGAUUGAAAUCCCGGGCGGUAGUGGUUUGGAGGGGAUGUAGGCUACCAUUCAAGUUGUGACGAAUGGUGAUCCGGACGGGGGGUUGGCCGCGAUAAUGUUUGUUUGGUAGAUCAUAAAUGAGAUAGUGGGUUGUGCUGGAUAUAGCAUGCUCAGAGAGGCGUGAAUGAAUUGAUGAAAAAAAUGAAAUGAAUACUGUACCU